AUGGUUUCUAGUUUUAGAGUUUCUGAGCUACAAGUGUUACUAGGCUUUGCUGGACGGAAUAAAAGUGGACGAAAGCAUGACCUCCUGAUGAGGGCGCUGCAUUUAUUGAAGAGUGGCUGCAGCCCUGCGGUUCAGAUUAAAAUCCGAGAACUGUACAGACGCCGAUAUCCACGGACUCUGGAAGGACUUUCGGACUUAUCUGCAAUAAAAUCAUCGGUUUUCAAUUUAGAUGGUAGCUCGUCACCUGUAGAACCGGACUUGGCUGUGACUGGAAUACGUGCAUUGCCUUCCUCUUCAGUUACCCCCCACUCGCCAUCCUCCCCUGUUGGUUCAGUGCUGCUCCAAGAUACCAAGCCGACGUUUGAAAUGCAGCAGCCAUCUCCUCCCAUCCCUCCUGUCCAUCCUGAUGUGCAGUUAAAAAACCUGCCUUUUUAUGAUGUCCUUGAUGUGCUCAUCAAGCCCACAAGUUUAGUUCAAAGCAGUAUUCAGCGAUUUCAGGAGAAGUUUUUUAUUUUUGCUCUGACCCCUCAACAAGUUAGAGAGAUAUGCAUUUCCAGGGAUUUUUUGCCAGGCGGAAGGAGAGAUUAUACAGUCCAAGUUCAGCUUAGACUUUGCCUGGCAGAGACAAGCUGUCCACAAGAAGAUAACUAUCCCAGUAGUCUGUGUAUAAAAGUAAAUGGGAAGUUGUUUCCUUUGCCUGGCUAUGCACCACCACCUAAAAAUGGGAUUGAACAGAAGCGCCCAGGACGUCCCUUGAACAUUACAUCUUUAGUUAGGUUAUCCUCUGCUGUGCCAAACCAGAUUUCCAUUUCGUGGGCGUUAGAAAUUGGAAAGAAUUACUCCAUGUCUGUCUAUCUUGUACGACAGCUCACAUCAGCCAUGCUGUUACAGAGGUUAAAAAUGAAAGGUAUUAGAAAUCCUGAUCAUUCCAGAGCACUAAUUAAAGAAAAACUUACUGCAGAUCCUGAUAGUGAAAUUGCUACAACUAGUCUUCGAGUAUCCUUGAUGUGUCCUUUAGGAAAAAUGAGACUGACAAUCCCAUGCCGUGCAGUGACUUGUACACAUCUGCAGUGUUUUGAUGCAGCUCUCUAUCUGCAAAUGAAUGAGAAGAAGCCCACCUGGAUUUGUCCUGUGUGUGACAAAAAGGCUGCCUAUGAAAGUCUAAUAUUAGAUGGGCUUUUUAUGGAAAUUCUCAAUGACUGCUCUGAUGUGGAUGAAAUAAAAUUUCAAGAAGAUGGUUCUUGGUGUCCAAUGAGGCCAAAGAAAGAAGCUAUGAAAGUAUCCAGCCAACCAUGUACAAAAAUAGAAAAAACGUCAAGUGUUCUCACUAAGCCUUGUUCAGUGACUGUAGCCAACGAUGUGAGCAAAAAGAAAGUGGAUGUUAUUGACCUCACAGUAGAAAGCUCUUCUGAUGAGGAAGAACCGCCCGCCAAAAGGAAAUGCAUCUUCAUGUCAGAAGCGCAGAGCAGCCCAACCAAAGGGGUUCUCAUGUAUCAGCCAUCUUCUGUAAGGGUGCCCAGUGUGACUUCGGUUGAACCGGCUGGUAUUCCGCCAUCAUUAACAGACUACUCAGUACCAUUCCACCACACGCCAAUAUCAAGUAUGUCAUCAGAUUUGCCAGGUUUGGAUUUUCUUUCCCUUAUUCCAGUUGAUCCCCAGUACUGUCCUCCUAUGUUUUUGGAUAGUCUCACCUCACCCCUAACAGCAAGCAGUGCGUCUGUCACCACCAGCAGCCCCCAUGAAAGCAGUGCUCAUGUUAGUUCAACCAGCAGCAGGAGUGAGACAAGGGUCAUAACCAGCAGUGGAAGUAACAUUCCUGACAUCAUCUCAUUGGACUAA